AUGUCUUGGCAAGCUUACGUCGACGACCAACUCCUCGCCACCGGCAAAGUCACAAAAGCCGCCAUCUUGGGCAAGCAGGGCGGUGUCUGGGCUGCUAGUGCUGGUUACGAUUUGUCUCAGCAAGAGCAAAACGCCAUCACCCAGCAAUACUUUUCCAACCCCGACAGCGUCCGAGGCAGCGGUGUCAUCGUCAACGGUUUCAAAUUCAUGACCAUCCAAGCGAAUGAAGAUGAAGUCAUCGGUCGUAAGGGUGAACGAGGCGUCUUUGUGAUCCCCACAACCCAAGCCAUCCUCGUCGCCGAAUACGACACCCCCAUCUCUGCGGGCGAAGCCAACGUUGUCGUUACCAAGCUUGCCGAUUAUCUCAAGAGUGUUGGUUAUUAA